AGUCUUCUCUCUUGAUUCUCCUCCUCUCACCUCUCCUGCUUGUCUGGUUUUUUCUUUUCCCUCAGGUCUCAUCUGUCCUUUAUUUCAUUUUUAUUCUUCUGCUCCACUGCUUUUUCUCCUCGUCUUACUCCAGCUCCAGUUUCACCAUUAAUUCAUUCGCUUUUCAGUUCUUACUUUCUUCCUUACUUUUUUUUUUUUUUUUAUUCGUACCCUCUAUUCAUUUUGUUUCCCCUAACCUCUAAAAUUUUGUUAUGGCUAAUUGCUCUCAGCAGGCUUUUCUCUCUGUCUGUCACGCUGAUUCCUAUCAUGUGAUGACACUGUGGUAGCUUGUUAUUAGUGGCCUGUGGACUGCUGCUCAACACACUUCCAAACUAACAACAUCCCAGAAUUAUUCAUUUGGAACCAAAGUGACCAUGCCUGCUAUUACAGUUAUGACAGACGCUGCUGUGUAGACAGGAUCUUUUUUUUUCUUUUUCUUUCUCCUUUCUUUUUCUUUCUUUCUUUCUUUUUUUUUUUUUUACUUUUUGUUGCUUUGGACCAGAUACCAGAACUCCUAAAUGGCUGAGGAGAUUUUAAUUCCAUCAUCGGGGAAAAUCACUUCGCAACUGACUGGUUCUCUGCUAGCAGUGGCAUUCUUGACUUCAUUUGGGAGCUCUAUGUUGUAUGGCUACAACCUGGCUGUGGUCAACUCCCCUGCUGCAUACAUAAAGAGUUUCUACAACAAAACGGUUGUGAGUCGUAAUGGGACGGGACUCAGUGGGGAGACCCUGACGCUCAUGUACUCUCUCACUGUGUCCGUCUUUGCCAUCGGAGGUCUGCUGGGCUCCCUCAUCGUCGGUAUGCUGGUUUCUCGCUUUGGCAGGAAGGGUACAGUGGUCAACACAACAGUGCUGGUGUUUAUAGCUGGCUCCCUGAUGGGCUUCAGUAGGAUUUGUGGUUCACCUGAAAUGGUCAUCAUUGGCCGCUUCAUCACAGGGAUACAUUCAGGGAUCUCUCUCAGUGUCGUACCGAUGUACCUUGGUGAGAUAGCGCCAAAGAACCUGAGAGGAUUUCUGGGUCUUGUUCCGAGCAUCUUUAUAGGAACCGGAGUCUUUGCUGCCCAAAUCCUCGGCCUCCAUGAGCUCCUGGGAAAGGAGGAGUACUGGCCUCUUUUUCUUUCAGUGGUGUUUGUGCCGACGUUCAUCCAGCUGCUGCUGCUGCCAUGGUUCCCAGAGAGCCCUAGGUACUUGCUGAUCGAGAAGAAUAAUGUUCAUGCCACAAUUACAGCUCUGAAAUGGUACAGAGCCAAGUGUGACAUCCAGGCUGAAAUCGAAGAGAUGCAGGAGGAACAGCGCUCCCUGUCCUCCGUAGAAACGCUGUCGGUCUGGAAUCUGUUGCUGGACGAUUCGGUCCGAUGGCAAGUGUUGAGUGUGAUGGUUAUCAACAUUGGCAUGCAGCUAUCUGGGAUUGAUGCUAUCUGGUUCUACACGAACGACAUCUUUAAGAACGCCGGCAUCCCAGUACCAGAGAUCCAGUAUACGACAGCAGGAACAGGAAUCAUAGAGAUCAUCGCUGGGCUCAUCGGGUGUUUCACUAUAGAGAAGGUGGGAAGGAGGCAUCUCAUGAUUGGGGGUUUCACCAUGAUGGGGAUCUGCAGCGCUGGAAUCACAUUAGCCCUCAUUCUUCAGGUAAAGUUACUAUUUAUGCGCUACGUCAGCGUCUGCUGUGUGGUUGGCAUCAUUGCUGGCUUCUGCAUCGGACCAGCUGGGGUUCCCUUCCUGAUCACAGCAGAACUGUUCAAACAGUCCCAUCGUCCUGCAGCCUACAUCAUAGGAGGCUCCUUGAACUGGCUCUCUAAUUUCACCGUGGGCUUCGUCUUCCCCUUCCUACAGAUGUCUGCCGGCUCCUAUUGCUACCUGGUGUUCGCCACAGUUUGUUUUUCGGUCGCCAUCUACGUUUAUAUUGUAAUCCCAGAGACGAAAAACAAGACCUUCAUGGAGAUCAGCAGGAUGUUCUCCAAGAAGGAGUCGAUCCUGGAGACCCAGGGGGUGUUCCACGUCGACCAGCUGAAGCUGAAGAAGAUGAACGGAUACGGCGGUUUGGAUCACACAUCGCUGGAGUUCGACAGCUCCUCCUCUGUACCGUAACUCAGGUUAAGGUUCUGUGAAGAAUUUAUUCUGCUCACCAAAUCACCAGUCAUUAGGCCUCUGUGGUCUUUCCCUUCUCUUUGGCACUGAGAUAUUUACGACUUCUGUUAAACUCUGGGCUCAAAGCCCGGUUCGGUUUAUCCAGUUCUAUUAUAUGUGCUCGGUAACUUUCACAUUGUUCCUGUAUUUUGUCUUAGCUGCACCUCAGAGUGAUGCUUUCACAUGUCAGCACAACAACCACUGACUGGCAGAUCUGGAUGGAAGUGUGUAAGCUAAUCUAACAGAGACAUUUAACAGCCUGAGACCUUGUUUAUCUUGUGAAACUCAAGAGUGUAUUUGUUAUAAAGUUAAAUUAAUCUGUAACAGUCAGUUGACCAAAUUAAGCAAGUGGAGCUCCCAGUUUUUAAUUCAUGUUGAUUUUCCGGACAUAAGAAAACUACGGAGCCCCUAGAGGACAUGGAGGGUAUUUUUUUUCUUUUGCGUUCUCUCGCAAUCAUCUACUGAUCAGUUCAUGUGGCAUCAUUGAAUAAUGUAAUACUGUAAGCCUUUCUUACGGUGGCCAUCGCACUUUCUGCUAUAAUAUAAGGUUUUCAAAAAGUU